AUGUCCGCCCCAUCCCAACCUCCUCCCCUCCGCAUAGCAAUCGCCUCCGACUCCGCCGGCCACGCCUACAAAACCGCCCUCCACUCCACGCUCUCCUCCUCCCCGCACGUCUCCACCAUAAUCGACAUCGGCGUCUCCUCCCCCUCCUCCUCCACGCCCUACCCCACCCCCGCCAUCGCGGCCGCCGAAAAAGUCGCCUCAGGCGAAGUCGACCGCGCGCUUUGUAUCUGCGGCACUGGGCUCGGCGUCGCGAUCGCGGCAAAUAAAGUGAAAGGCGUCAGGGCCGUGACGGCGCAUGAUGCGUAUUCUGUCGAAAGGAGUGUCUUGAGUAAUAAUGCGCAGGUGCUUUGUAUGGGGGAGCGCGUCGUCGGGCUGGAGGUUGCGAAACGCCUGGUGGGCGAGUGGGUGGCGUAUCGAUUUGAUGAGGGCAGUGCGAGUGCGGAGAAGGUGAGGGCUAUUGGGGAGUAUGAGGAGGGGAAGGGGAAAUAA